AUGGAAUCCAAAUGGACACUGUCUCUCGGAGAAACUACAACGUGUGGCGCCGAAACAAUAGUCAAGUUUGUCUCAGAAACGAAGGAAAAUGAAAAGCCAAAUAUAGUUUCAGCAACUGCUGGAGGCCAUUUUAAGGCCAUUGCAGUCGACAAUCUUCUUGCUGCUGUACGGGAGCAAGAUUUAUGCAGCAUCAAUUUUAGUAAUACAAUUGAUGAGAUUGCAGUCCUGACCGGAGGAUACAUUGCUGUUGGAGAGAGGAGUGGGGUGUUGACAGUUGGAAUCUUGGAAGGAGACAAUCACUUCUGCGUUAAAUUAUCAUGUAUGUUAAUACCAGAGGCAAAGGGACCUACAGAAAAGACGUUUGUUCAUCUUUCGUUUUUAAUUACGCAAGAGCUGGAGACGGAGUCAAGAGCUCAGAUCAUUUGCUUGUCCCAUGAAGGACAUCUGAUGACGUUUAUUGACAUCAUUUUGAAGAACUCAGAUAUUGAUGUUUCCUGCGUCAAACGAGGCAAAUUGGCUACUCCCCAUGACAAGGUGUUUGAUCUGGUGACUUUGCAGAACCAGAUUAUCACAGUGGGCUCUGGUGCUUUCUGUGUUGCUGAUUACACUGUGGUGAAUGGACAAGUGCUUCUACAGGAAACAUCUUCUUGGGAUUCUGAGGAACCUGUUGAAAUGGUAAAAAUACAGGUGUUGGCUGAUGCAAGGGUCUUUGUCACAUUAGAUUCAAAGGGCAAGUUUUACCUCUGGGACAUGUUGACAAUGACUGUGGUGCAUACCUGGACUGUGGCAGGGGUUUCAAACUUCAGGCUCCUCCAUGUUAAAAUAGCCCAGUCUUUCAGGCUGAGUGACCUGAAGAUUCUUGUAGUCCAGCAAGGAAAGGUUCAAACCCUGACUCUUCCAACUUUGGCUGUCAGCUCAGAAUACACCACUGGGGCAGAUUUUGCUGAUUUGAGUAAAUCUUCUGUAUCUCAAGAUGAAGUGUACGUGGCAGAAUGCAGUAAAGUCGAAGAUGAAGAUGGUGUGGAAACUACAGUCUACUUCCGAUGUUAUACAGAAAUAAAUCCAGUUAAAAGACUGCAGCGUUUGAUUGCCAAAAAGAGAUAUGAGGAGGCAGAGAAGUAUGCCAAGCUGUUUGGGCUUCCUUUUAAUUUGGAUCCUGAGAUUGUGCAGAGUAAAAUGAGAGAAGUUCAAGAAUCUUUUGCUGCAGCAGUCAUGCACAUCCAACAAUGCAAAGAGCAGCUGCUGCGCAAUAAAUCACAAGACAGUUCUGCCACAGAUGUCCUUGCUGAGCUACUAGAGCUGGAGCAUAGACUGGAGGCAUACCGGCUGGUGUUUGGGGAAGAAAACUACAACCCCUCCGAGUGGGAAACCUUUCAGUAUGAGAAUCCCUUGACCAUGUUUUGGAAACUUUUGAUGAUAGAGCCAGAAAAAGCCUUCAAACUAUGGACUUGCUUUCAGAAAGAUCUGCAGGAGCAACUGAAACCAGGCCUCCUUCAUCAGUUGUUGCAGAGAAUUCCAUCCAGUGUCCCCUGUCAGAUGGUUGUUGACUGGCUGUGUCAAGCCGUGAUACCUUUCAUUGUGACAUCAGACCCUGAUGCUGUGACAAGUGUUAUCCAGUGGGUGGAGGAGCAGAUUCAAACUCUUGAGAUGAAUGGAAAGGAGUCAGGGAUAGAUGAUGCCCUACAAGUCUGUGGAUCUGUGCUGAAAAGUCUGCAACAGGCGGUCACCUGUGAUAUUAAGAUGAAUUGUGGCCUAGCUCUGUCACCAUUGAAGUCACUAAUCAAGUUUCUUCACGGAUUAAAAGAGUUGAAAACCAAAUACAAAUGUCACUUGACUCUCAGUGCAUUCAAAAAGGAGACUAAAGAGAGUAUUGCAUACAGAAUGCUGGAUGGGGUCUUGGAUGUCCACUUACUGCCUGUUGUGUUGAACGGACAGGUGUUGCCCUAUCUGAAACACCACAAAAUAGACCAUGAUGGAGUGUUUGCCAAGUACAUACAGGAUCUGCUGGUGAGAUCUGAUGCAAAGCAUACUCAUCAUCUUUGGGAAGAUAAGGUCAAGGCUCUGAUCAAGAUUAUUUGUGACCCAAAGGCAAAGGUGAUGGCUGUGCUGAACCUGUUGGAUCAUGUCAUGCUGCCUCUGCCAGAGUUCAUUGAGGAGCUCGUGUCAGAGGUCAUCACAACAAUUCAACACCCGCUAGUGACUUCUCUGAAAGAAAAGUGGGACAUCAAGGAGGCCGACAACAUCCUCGCAAUGUAUGGACUCAAUCCAAGGGAAGUGAACUCAACAUAUGAUGCACGGGGAGCUGCAAAAUACAUAUUAGCCAGUGGUGGAUUGUUCAGUCAAGCACAGAAAAUCUUAUCAGCUCACAAGAUUUCUGAUGACGAUGUUGAAUUACCAAUGUUCCAGUGCAGACUGCUCAUAGAGAGGAACCAGGUGGACAGAUUGAUUCCGUACCUCAAGCAACUGCCCAGCAAGACAGCCAGACGUUGCUGUGAUCGGAUCAUUUGCAGUGCCAAGUACUCAAUGGCAAGUGUUGAUCUUGAACAGAAACAGGUAGCCUUUAGGCAGGAAGCUGAUGUUGUAUUUCAGAGCAUGCAAACCACUAGGUUUCAAUACUAUGAAGCUGCUGUGGUUUCUGCUUCAUUUCUCAAGACCUUGAUUGAGGACAAACUGGAGAUGGAAGAAACUGAAAAGAUGGUUCAGACAAUUAAAAAUGUUUGGUGUCUUGAGAUUUACAAGGGAGUAUGUUUGAACGAUGUUGUCCUCAGUGACAAGAAGAGAUGCAUGGACUACUUCUCCCAGCUAGCCGAGACUUCCAGCAGCAUAGUUUUGGUUGGGCUGGGCAGACUGCUGAACCUUACAGAUGGGGACAUUCUAGAGGCCACAAUAGCAGCAUGUGCCAAGAAGUCCUGUAGUGAGAUUGUGGCAAAGAUUUUAGA